AACCUGAGGCCUUUCGUUCCUUGUACAUUUAGUAGAAUGCUCUGAAGCUGCACUCAUACCUGGAGAUAUAACCUGGGUUGUUUCCUCAACGUCCGUACUCGUCACGAGAAAAUCUACUUUUGCCAUCGAAUAAAUCACUUUAUCGACCAUCAUGCACCUACUAUCUAUCGCAAUCACUUUCUUGCUGACCCUAGGCGUCAGCGCCAGGCCAGUCAAAGAUACUACAAUCAGUCCUUCGGGAGAACUUCAUUUUACGAAAGAUCCCGUGGAGCCCGAAUUCGUCCCAGAAGAUGCGGCGCUUUUCUUCUUAUGGGACUCUGAAGAAAAGUCCGAAAAGUCGGACACGUCAGCAACAACUUAUUGAGGAUCUAGAGGCAUGAAAAGGUCUAUGGAGUGGGGAAUUCUCUCCGUGGAGAUACAAAACAAUAUUUGCGACCAAAUGCAGAUGGAAAUCUAAAUACACAGUCUUUGGUUCAGUUUGAUCGUUUUCCAUGUUCUAGCCGUUACAAGGUAUGCUUUCUAGGGCGCACCAUCGACCAGAUGUGGUACUUCGGUUUGUCGGAAAACCUUUCGGGCACGUCCAAGUCUCGCUCCUGUAUUGUUGUGAAGGAAUGCUUCUCGUAUAGUCCUUUCCCUUCAGGACUUGCUAUGAGAGUAGUCUGUUGUUGUCAAUAUGCGUAGCUACUACAUUCAAAGGCACACUUACAGCUGC